AUGAAUUGCUCCAUGGUUGUUGAUGUUGCUGCACUCUGGCAUGUCAAAGAUGAAACUGCCAAGACAAUCAUCUGGAUAAUGAAUGCGAUUUUGUAUUCGAUUCUUAUCGGAUGUUUGGAUUUUAUGUUCUGGUUGAGUGUUAAACCAAUUAUAUGGUUAGGAAUUAUUCUUCAAAUUACAAAGUACUUCAUGGAAAUAGUCUUGUGCGAAAAAGGUAAGUAAAAAAGAAAUCUUUUCUAGAUCAUAAUUAUAUUUUCAGACGAUUACACCAAGAUAAUCACAAUUGCUGCUCACAACAUCUACAUGUUUUCCCCAAUCCUCAUUCUUGCGCCAAUUGUAUUAGCCGCAAUAUGUGUAAAAUUCAGAAAAGAGGAAAAGUUUUUGCAAUUCCUGAUUCUUGCUCACUUUAGCUGGAUAAGUUUCAAAAUUCUGCAAUUUUUUGUUUUCGAGGAUACUAUGCAUGUUGUAUUCAAAGUUGGAAGCGUGAUUGUUUUCUCAUUUCUAUCCUUGAUGGUAAAAAUUGCAUGCUAACAUUAGGUAAUCAGAACAUAUUUGAAAAUUGAAAUGAUUCAGGGAUCUUGGUAUAUCAAAGCUUAUAUCAAUCAAAGAAAAAGAGCUGCAAUAUAUGACACAAACGCUACAAUUUAUCACCAAUCAAGCCGUCAAUUCGUCGAGAAGUAUAAGGAGCAUGUAUCAUUUAUUCCAUGCUAUGUUAUUAUUAAAAUGCUCAGUGUGAUUUUGGCGAUUCCUAUCAGUUCCAUACUUCGAUUUCUGGAUUCACUUGGGUUUGAUAAGAUCAUAGUUGUUGCAUCUCUCAUCGAAAUGCUGGGAUUGAUUAUUGUUGAAUUGACGAGAGUUGUCAAAAUACUAAAGGUCAGUUUCAAUAUCAAAAACAAACUGUUCAAAAUCAUGAAAAUUUUGACAGGAAACAAUAAGCAGACUUCAACAACGUCAAAUUCCAAAUAACCUUUCAAUUAAAACUAUUUCCUAA